GCACGAUAAAGGUGAUUGCCAAGUAAGUAGACAUGUACUUUUUUGUUUUAAUUUAAUUGUCUUUUUGUAAGCAUAGAUACAUUAUUCACUUUUAUAUUGGGAUUUUUAUUGUUUUAGCGCUAAUAUUGAAUCAUAAUUGAUUAUGAUAUGGGAUGGCUUAUGCAAUGUGAUAUUAAUUAGUGAAUUUAGAAGUUAAUCGAUAAGUUUUCAUUUUGGUUCUUUUCGGUUUAACGGCUUUAAAAUUUAUCUGUCAUGGGAUUUGAUGUUUAUUCCAAUUACAAUUAUGACUAGGCAAUCUCUGUUCCCAAAUGAGUAAUGAUCAUAAAAAAGGUAUUAAAUUAGAAAAUCUUCAUAUUACGUACAGGUAUAAAUACCCGUCUAACGAGGUAUAGCAGCACAAAAAGCAUCUAAGUUGCUAACAAUGAAUCCUUAUUUGCUACUCCUUUUGGUAUCCUACCCGGUAUUUUGUCAACGUACUAUAAGCAUUCCUCUCAAAAAGUUUCCGAGAGAACACAACCGCAUGUCUCCAAAUAACGAGCUAAGCAGAUGGAAACGAGAAGACAAAGAAAACACCAAACCCGUGUUCAUUUAUGACCCUGCGACGUAUGGGAUGGUCGGCGUUGGCACGCCGAUGCAACAAAUUCCGAUAUUGUUCGACACGUAUUCGAACGUAACUUGGUUGUUUAAUAAUGACUGUACCUCAGAAAUAUGCCUCACUACCGAUCUGUUUGAUUCGUCGAUGUCAAAUACGAGCAAAACUUGGGGUGCUGUGCAGAAAUACAUUUACAAAGAUCUUAGUUUGUACGGACGAUGCACCGUUGACUCAUUUGUGCUAGGAGAUUUUAGAGUAGAAAAUUUGACAUUCAUAGAUGUCCGGCAAACGGAAUGGACUAACGCUGUGGAUAGAUCAAAAGUGGAGACUUACGCUGGCGAAAUAUCACUUCGAUUUCCCCCAUUUAAUAGAAGAGGUAAUGGUAUGUUGUCACACUUGUUGUCAAACGGCGCCAUCGACGAAUUGAUCUUUGGACUUAAGUUACCAAGUUAUAAGGAUGUCGACGUGGAAGGUGAACUUACUGUAGGAGAUUGGGAUCGUAAUUUCGUCAACGAAAGUUCAACUAAUUGGAUAUUGAUAUCCAUAUUGAUAUAAGAUUGCGUAUUAUAAUAUCAGAUAUUUACUGGGCGUUUAUCUUGAAACGUACGUAUGAUGUAUCGUUCUUUGUAAUUACUACUGUUUGUAGAAUAUUUAUCCCUUUUUUUAUUUAGUAUAUUUUAUGGCAAAUACGGCUUUGAGAUGGGGGUCGGUGCAGUUGUCGAUACAGGAUUGUCGAUUAUAGUGGGACCGCCAUUAACUGUUACAAACAUGUUUGAGCGCAUCCGACUAUCUGUAAAUACCAUACCAAUAACGAUUACAUCGUUUAUGACAAAUUACGAUGGCUUUGCGGUGAGAUGUAACUCAUCAGGUCUUUCCAAUUUAGUUUUCAUCGUUAAAGGAAAGAAUUACGUACUAGAACCAAGUGAUUAUCUUCUGCCGAUGGACGACAAGGAAGGAUGGUGCGCAUUUGGCAUAGCGAUGGCGAAUAAUACAGAUAGAGAAUGGAGAUUAGGAGAUGUAUUUUUGUCGAAAUUCUACACUGUUUUUGAUGCUAAACGUUCCCUAUUGUCUUUCAUUCUAUUGUGACUACUAAUACGUGUGGUUAUUCCGAAAUGUUUUUAAGAAAAAAUGUGAUAAAAUUAUUGUGUGAUAAUUUUAAACAUUUAUCAUUUCACUUUUCUGCAAUAAGCCCAUGACACGUUUUCUACGAGAGGGCUCAUGUUCUAUUAAACUUUUUAAUUGUUAAAAAUAUAAUAUACACAUUUUAGGAAUUAUACUUAUUUUAACCUCAGA